GGCCACAAUACUAAGGUUUAGUUGAGGUGCACGAAUACUGAAAACCAGCGAAGCUGCGAUUGAACGAAUAUGCGGGCCAUAUUCACCUUCGGUUUUUUUUUGUCAACCUUCGUUUAUUUCUGUUCGAGUGAUAUGUACCUUCAUUUCCCCCAUGGAAGCAACAACAGAUUGAACGGGAACCAGGCAAAUGUGAGGAAUGCUAACAGGCUUUUCAACUCUCAGAACAAUGGUAAAGCCGGUUACAACGUUGGCGACAGUGGAAGUAACAAUCCAGGAGAGAACAUAAAAGAAACAAGGCAGCUUCCAUUGGAAUUUUUCAUGAGCGGCUGUGAAGAGGAUGCAAAAACUGAGGUUGAAAUUAUGUGGACAAACCAACAUGGAACGGGACCAAAGAGUGAAGAUGUAGUGGAAACACAAGUCAUACUGCAAUACAUGUGUCAACCUUUUCCAAAAGGAAAAGUUACGGAUAUAAACUCGGACUUUCAGCUACAUACCAUUCGCAAUGGCGGGAACCGCUUAACUCAACCGUUCAACCCCAAUCAAGCAGAAAAUCGCUUGAUCAAAAAAGACCGCGGAUUGCAUGAACCGAAGGAAUAUUAUCACGCUUAUAUCCGCAGGGACAGAAACAAAGGUUUAUUUACCGCUGAUCAGAACCUAAACGGUGACAGUGCAAUUUACACCAGACAGAAUGCAAAUGGCCAGAGAAGAGGACUGGAAGUGCCAGAGGAACGUGAUUACUAUCCCUACUGGGGCCCCACCCCCUGGAAGGACAUUGCUAUCAUGGUCAGUGACCGAGCUACAGAAGGAGUGAUGAAAAAGUACUUCAACAGUCCUAACUAUGGCGACAAGGGAUUGUGCAUUGUGGGGAAUAAUCAGCCUGGGCACAAACCUUGUCCAAGAAUACCUCCCCGUAACAGGCCAAGCGCGGAAUGUGUGGCCAAGUACAUUACACAGGCUUCGUGUGAACAGGCGGGAGGAAAGUGGACUAUAGUAAAAACAAACUUUAAAGAGAAAUCCUCUGGCGCCAAGUCUUGUGCCAACAUUAAGACCGUCAAGGGCGUGGCGUAUGAGCCUCAUCUGAUAACACAGGGUACUGGAGAGGGCGAGCAAGAUCUUGUUCUGGCAGACCCCCCUGAGGUGAUAUACGCACCAUCCACAGUUGUGAAUCACAAUGGCAUGAACAUGGACGGGAAGUUCUCUUCAUACAAAUGGAAGAUUCCUCAUUUUCCCUCCAACACUAUUCAGCGAUGCGUGUUGAGAAUCAGAUACAACAUCACAACAAGCGAUGUACCAAGGCGUUUUGAUGCUUCAAACAAUGAUGACGUAAAGAAUAAUCCCACAACACUUGCUGUUAACGGCAAAACCAAGCUUCAACUGGCCUUGAACACGGCUCAACUGGGUCGUACAUUCCAGGACAGAACACAAGUAAUCUACCUCAAGCCAAGAAGCUCUUUGCCCCAACGAUUCAAGAAUUCCAAAAUCUUCUACAUCGGAGGAAUGGGAAAGAGAGGAAACAUCGUUCAGGCUUAUCCAGCCAUGGAAUAUCGAUUCACCCCUGAACGUAUCACUGUUUCUAGAAAUGAUGUCUUGUGCUUCGCUUGGUCAGGCUCCAACAAUAAUCCGAACAAUGCUGGCGAAGGACAAGCAAGAUCAGAUAGAACAAAUGUGUGCUGGGUAAAGGAAGGAUGCCAAUCUCUUAAACCAAAAGCUUGUACGAGCCUGCCUCUUGAAGUAGUUGAACAGGCUGAUAAGUUUUCUGCGGACAAGUUGAAUCUUCACCUCAACACUGGAUGCGGUGACGAAAACAAUCUGCAGGCUCAACUGAACAACGCCCCAGCCUCUUGUAACCCGCCUUGCUUCCGCAUCACGAAGCCUGGGACAUACUGUUACAUGGGCACGCGCAAUAACAACUUCUCCAACCGCCGUCACAUAGGACAGAUCACCGUUACUUAA